GUUAACCUGGAAACUGUGAUACAAUUUGUGCGAGAAUUAUUUUUUAUUUAUUUAAAUAAAUAACAAAUUUACAAUGAAGAAUGGACGAUAAUGCAAAAAGCGCAUCAUCCUAUCAAUCGGAUCAGGAUAUUCUAGACGCACGAGGAAUAAACAUGACUGUGGAAGAAGUCGCUGGGCUGCCGACCACGAAGUAUUCCGAACGAGUGCAGUCCCUGAACCUGUGCGAGGGGGAUUUGGUGUUCCUUAAAGGGCUGAGGAGGAGGAUAAAAAAUAGGUUAGCAUCACAAAACAGCCGUCGGCGCAGCGUGGAGCACUUGUCGCGGCUGACGCGCGAGUUGCGAGCGGUGCGAGCGUGCCGAGCGGACGCGCUGAGCGAGCGGCGCGCGCUGAGCGAGCGGAGGGACGCCGUGCGCGAACAGUGCUUAAGAUUGAGACGACAUGUAGCUAGGAUUUUAAAAGAACGCGAGGAUCCCACGCCAAUUCCGUCUAUCACAAUCGACACAACAGAAUCUCAGUGCGAUGAAGCGAGAGUGACAGAGACGAAACUACACCCACCGCCGGAGAGGGAGAGGGACAAAACAUUCGAGUGUCGCAUAGACAAACUAGUACAACAAAGCGUGAACCACAUAUACAGAAGUGAUAAAAAAACUGUGUACGCCAAAACUGUUUUCAUAACCAACGACAAGUUUUCUAGUGAUGUCAAGUCUAUGGUUUUGGACGGUGGGGAUUUGAAGGUGUUAGGCGGUGAGGGGGUUCUCAAUUUGUCGGUCAAAGAGGGUAGGAGGAAAAGUCACGGGAGGAAGCAGUCGGCGCCGAGAAGGAUCUUGUAUUACGACGCUAUAGAUGUUGAUGAUGGCGUCCUUGACUUGAAGGUCAAAAAGGGUCAGUGACGAAGGCAUAGUCUAAAAAUCAUUAUAUUGAGACCAAAUAUAGUUAUAUAUCUCAGUAGACAUAAGGACCAUCACAAGUAUGUAUGACCAAUUAUUUUAUUACGACAUACAAAAAUUUAAGGUGUACUUCAUAGACAUAAAUCUAGCUAGACCAUGCGACGGUAUUUUUGUUAUUUAAUUAUAAGACUAAUUACACAGAUUGAGUUAGCCUCGAAGUAAGUUCGAGACUUGUGUUACGAGAUACUGACUCAACCAUGCAAUAUUUUAUAAUAAAUAUGUAGAUAAACUCGGUCAAUCAGAAAAAGAAAUUUAUAAAUUUAAUUAAUUGAAAUUUAUUUAGUUGUAUGAAUUAACAAAUUUUUAUAACUUAUGAUCGUACAAUAUACAUAAAGUUGUAAGGAAAUGUUUAUAUAGUUACUUUGCGUGUGAAAGAGUUGUACAAUGAGCCACUGUUGAAAAAUUAAAUAAUUAUAAAAUGUAUUAUUCAAAAGAUGUAUUAAAUUAAUUAAUCCUGAUUUAUUGAGCAGUUUAUGAAAAAUUAACCACAAAAAGAAGUUGGCCACAAUUAGAGAGCUCUUGACAUUGCAGUAAGCAAAAAAAAAAUUUAACGUUUGGUUUAAUAAAAACAAGUGUAAGUUGUCGUAUGUAGCUUGAUAUAUGUCUAUGUUAUAUUUAGCGCGAUGAAAGUAAGUUACUUUUGUUACGCGAGGUUGAGCUCCAGUGUCUAAUAUAAUAACGCUCAAAUAUGUUUUCAAAAGUUUAACCUUUAAAAGCCGACCAAGGGUAAUAUAAACUUGGAAUGUACCAAUGACUGUUCCAAUAAAUAAUAUUACAUACAAAAACAUAUAGUCAUGUCUAUAUCUUGCGGAAUAGACGGAGCCAAUAGUGUUGAAAAGACUGAAAGGCCACGUUCAGCUGUUUGGCUUCAUGAUGCAAUUGAGAUUCAAACAGUGACAGGUUGCUAGCUUAAUUAAUUAAUCCAUCAACCAAUUAGAUGCGUAUUUUUUGUAGUUUUAUCAUCACUUGGUCUGUUUUAUGACCAAAAUCCAGUGGUCAUAAGCUGACCUAGGUCACAGAUAAAUUAAAUUAUAUACAUCCAACUACGGCAAGGGACUUUGCUCUCCGUGUAAAAUUUCAGAAAAAAAUCUAUCAGUAGGUAUAUAAAAUUUUAUCAAAAUCGGUUCAGUAGUGUUUGAGUUUAUCCGUUACAAACAUACAAAAAUACAAAUCUUUUCUCUUCAAUAUUGUUACUGUUCAUUUGCUUACUAUAAAAAAAUACCUGAAAUUUUUUUGUGUCGUAAUUAAAUGUUAUGUUAUAAGAAUCGUUUAAAGCUGUAUUCGCGUCAAUGUUCUGCCAUAGAUUGAGAGAGAGCGUCAGUCGACCAUACACACCCUGGUUGUACAACUUACCAAUGACUUAUAAAUAAAUCUAAAUUAUACAUAAAUACAUAUGGUCUAUAUCCCUUGCGGGGUAGACGAAACCAUCAGUCUUUUCAAGACUGUUCGUACAGCUAUUUGGCUUGAUGAUAGAAUUGAGUUUGUAAGCCUAUCCCUUAGUCGCCUUUUACGACAUCCAUGGGAAAGAAAUAGCGUGGUUCUAUUCUUUUUUGUAUUGGUGCCGGGAACCACACGGCUAAUUUAGUUUAUAUUACUAAUAUUCUAUCUCUCCACGCUGGUCUAGUGCGCAAUGAACUCCCGUGCACAUUGUAAGAGCCAAUUAAGGGAAAGGAUUAUAAAAUUGGGAUUCUUCAUUAAUGCGAUGGGCUAGCAACCUGUCAAUAUUUGAAACUCGUUUAUGUCAUUAAGUCGUACAGCUGAACAAGGCCGUCCAGUCUUCUCGAAAUUGUUGGCUCUGUCUAACCCGUAAGGUGUGAAGACUUGAUUAUAUGUAUACAUGUAUAUUCUCAGUUCUUAAGACUUCCCACUUUUGAUUUUUUUUUCACGAGAUGUUGGCUCUGUCUGCCCCGUAAGAGGCGAAGACGUGAUUAUAUGUAUGCAUGUAUGUAUAUUCUCAGUUCUUAGGACUUCCCACUUUUGAUUUGUGUUUCCUAUGACCUGAACCCCACUUCUGAAUUGUAGAAAUGUCCGCCUUAGAGAGCGUGUUUUAUCUCGUGGACCAACUGAUAUAAACUAUGUACAUAGUUGUACAUACAUACAUCCAUACAUAAAAUCACGCCUCUAUCCCGGAGGGGUAGGCAGAGACUAUAUUUUUCCACUUGCCUCGAUCUCUGCAUACUUCCUUCCCUUCAUUCACAUUCAUACUCUCUUCAUACAAGCUCGGCGGUUUCGGAUACUCCUGACCUGACCCUUUACCAGGACGUCCUUAAUUUGAUCAAGAUACGUUCGUCUAGGUCUUCUUUCGUUUUCCCUUCACACUCUCCUUGUAUAUCUGUACAUAGUUGUAUCAUUAGGAUUUUUUUAAUAAAUUAUUCCCGUACACAUAUUUGUCAUUUAUGUUUAAGAAGCCAGGAAUAUUUAAUUUGUGUGUGUGUGUAUGUGUCGCCUGCCGCUGUAGUAAUGUACUGUUACGAGUAUAUUUAAAUACCGUCUUAACAUAGCCUUAUGUUAGUUGUAGGUGCAAUAAAUUUUGCCUUUUAAAACCAAUCGACUGGCCACAUAAUUAUUGUAACUACUAUGUUGGUAGGAAUAAUAUGUAAUUAGAAAAAAUACCAAUACAUACAUAUAUAUACAUUAUUCCAAUACCAAUAUAUACAUUAUUCGUCUUCCUAAAAUAUCUAACCCAACCUUACUGUCCCAUUUCCGUCCUAUCUCUAUCCUACCACUGUUAUCUAUAAUCCUAGAACACCAUGUUCAGCGGCAAUUCUCUAGUCACUUAAUAAGGCAUAGAUUGCUGAGUCCUUUCCAAUCGGGUUUUAGAGCAGGCCAUAGUACAACCACAGCUCUCCUAAAAAUUACAGAAGACUUGCGUUUAAACAUUGAUAAUAAGAGCCUCACAGCCCUAGUUCUCCUAGACUUUUCUAAUGCUUUCAACUCAGUCGAUUUUGAUAUCCUGCUGGCUGUUCUGGGUUCUUUAAAAGUUUCUUCAUCUUGUCUUCUGUGGUUUCGCUCCUACCUUCAGGGUCGCCAUCAGAAAGUUUACGCCAACCAGAUUAGUUCUGACUGGUGUGGGCUCGCUGCUGGUGUUCCACAAGGAGGAGUUCUUUCUCCCAUACUUUUUUCUAUUUUUAUAGAUGGAAUAACGGCCCUAUUAUCCUCCUCUUUUCAUCUUUACGCUGAUGAUCUCCAAAUUUAUGCAGCUGCCCCACUUGAUGAAUUCCACAAUGCUGUCGGCGUUAUCAACGCAGAUCUAUUUUCAAUUGCGAAUUGGGCUCGGAAUUUUGGACUUACGAUAAACGCGAACAAAUCUCAGGCAAUUAUUAUCGGUAGCCCUCAUUUUAUUAGUAGAUUAAAUUUAUCCUUGGUACCCAACAUUUCACUCAAUGGUGAAAUAAUCCCUUUUACUAAUAAAGUUAAAAAUUUGGGUAUCAUAUUUGAUCAGACUUUAUCGUGGGCCCCUCAAAUCAAUGACGUAAGUCGAAAGAUUUUCUACUCACUACACGUCUUGAAACGACUUCAAAACUUCUUGCCUCUUAAAAGUAAAAUUAUGUUGGCUAGCUCACUCUUGCUACCUCAUCUUGAUUACGCUGAUAUAGUCUAUUUGGAUCCUUCUGAAGAACUUCUCAAUAAACUCGACCGUUUACAAAAUGUUUGUAUACGAUAUAUUUUCGGUCUCCGGAAAUACGAUCAUAUUUCGAAAUUUCGUGAUCAACUUAACUGGUUGCCUAUCAGUGCUCGCCGAAAUCUCCAUAUUCUUUCUCUGCUCUUUAAUGUUCUUUUCAAUCGAUCUUUCCCCUCGUAUCUUCACGAAAAAUUCUCUUUUCGCGAACCAGACAAUCGUCUAAGAUCCUACAAUAAACUUCUUCUAUGUGUUCCUUUACACUCGAUCGAACGUCAAGCAAUUUAUCUUAGUUUAUGUAUGUUUAUUUAUUAUAAGUUUAUACAUAUAUAUUAAGUGGAUAGGUAUAUGUCUAUAUAUGUAUUUCUGUUAGUAUAUUAUUAUAUUGUUGCUAAAAACACAGUAACUUGCCGCUUUUUACUGAAUUAUUUAGUUCCUUUAUUGUUUUGCCGGUUGACUGGAAGAGAUCCCUUUAUGGGAUAAGUCCGCCAUUGCUAGUGAUUUGUUUAUUUUAUAACUUUGUACUAUUUUCUUGUUACUGUGUAAAUUUCUAUGCAAUAAAGAUAUUACAAACAAACAAACAAACCAAUUUAAUGCAAAGAUGUAAUGAAUUAAAAAAAAAAGGUUUGUUUGAUGGUAAAGUUGGCAACACUGAUGCUCAGACUUCAGGCCGCCUAAGCGCAUUUGACAUGGCUUAUACCUAUUUCGGUAGGCAGACUUUUGUUCUUUUUGUUAAAUAUUUUUAUUUAAUUUAAAAAAAAAUAUUUAAUUUGUCGAUUUGUUUUAAACGGUAAAGAUCUAUAAUCACAUUUAGCUCCAACUAAUUUAAACUUACAAUUUAUAUUGUAUCAUGUUCAAAGGACCAAAUUGUUAUGUUGAAGAAAAAUAACAUAAAUGUAGAUAUAUACAUAUUUACUGCAAAAAAAAGAAUUGAAUAUAUUGUUUUUCAAGUACGACUAUGCAAUUAUAAGUUGAUAUUUCAAAUGGCUAAGUAGACUUUUUCUAACCCAACAUUUUUUUCUUAAAAGAAAACCUCAUAUGUACUGUCAGUCCUUAAUUUUUUUUAUUGGUUCUAAAAUAAUCGCGGUCCGCGUGACGUCACAUUCCGAGCAGAUUUCCGCUAUUGUUUUAUCCUACGACACAACUACUAAUUCAUUCAAGAAAUAAGAAGGAAACUAAAAUUAAAACACGGUUAAAUAUUAACCGUUUGUGAUUUGAAUAACGGAAUGACCUGCUUAAAAUUUGAUAACACGCUACGAAAAAUAUAUAUUUUUUAAGAAUGAAAACCUUCAUAAAUCAAUGAAAAUGAUUCGUGAUGAUGGAUGUUUAUAAAUAUGUAAAGAAAAUCACGUAUAGGCACUUUUCUUAUUUCAAAUUUUCCCGCGAAUAACAUACGUCAAUGUCACGUCACCGAGCCGCGUCAUAUGAUUUGUCUAUUUGAAGAAAAUACACUCAUAACCGACUCGAUAUUUUGCACUUUUAAAUAAUUUGGAAAAACAGAAACUGACACCGUAUUAUAAACAUUAAAUGUCGUUUCUUUCAUUUCAGAGAAACUCAAUUGUGUUUUAUUGACGGUGUUAUUGAAUAACCUUAUAAAUAUAGAUUUAAUUUCGGAAAAAAAUAUAUAGAAAAUGUAUAGGUAAGGAAAACUUAACUUAGCCAACCAAAAUAGCCAUAUAUUAGGCAAAGCCCAAAAAAUUCAUUUAUUAAAACAAGUGUUUUUGUUUUUUUAUACCUAUGUUUAAUCUGUGCGACUGGCACUCACGUCUUUUAUUUACGGGGUAAACAGUGCCUCGUGAAGACUAAAAUACCAUAGACUAAAGGAUUGCUUUUACGAUUGGUAUUAGAGAAUUAGUUUUAAACAUUAAAUGUUAUAUGUAUAAUAGUCUUCUAUAUCUCAAUUAUAGUUUUAUACAAACGUAUAUGUAAGGACAAAAUGUGUAAAUGAUUAUAAUGUUAUAAUGAUGUUGAGUUUUUAAUAAACGAUUUUAACAGGUUUUUGUUUCGUUUGUUAUUUU